UCUCAAGAAAACGCCCUCCUAUAAGUGCACGCACACCAGGCCACCAGCAGCCACAUCUUCUUGACCUCUUCAAUCUCUACUAAUAAUUCCAGUCGCAAUCUCGGCUAGUGUUGGUGAUUGCAAACAAAGGAGCGGAGGCGGCGUUGAUGAUAACAGGGGAGGUGGCGGCGAGCGAGGCGCCGGUCACGGGGCUUCAGAUGACGACGCCGGAGGAGAAGGACCAGCAGGCGCGCACGAAGACGUUCAUGGAGAGCGCCAAGGAGCAGCUCCGGAAGAUGAACUCGCCGGCGGUGGAGCAGUACUUACACUGGGCUAGAAUGAAGGCCCGCGCGGCCGGCGACUACGUGACGCUGAGGACGCGCCAGGGCGUCUACCUGUUCGGGGAGCCCAACAUCGGCGCCAUCAAGACAAUCGUAGAUCGUUGCUGAAUGUAGGCCAUAUGUUUUCGCUGAUAAUUGUUUUAGGUCUCUUCAGAGUCGAAUAAUUAGCUAUUGAUCCUGUAUUCGCAGUUUCGCACAACACCAUUCAUAUAUAUAAUUGUUUAUGUUCAA